AUCCUCACCAUUUUUUUACUUCACAAUGAUCACCAGAAAGAGCACAGUAGCCAUUAAUCUCCUCGUCUUCCUUCUAGGCGUUGCCCUGAAGUGUGUAAGGGCUCAAUACUGUGGCUGUGAAGCACACUUGUGCUGCAGUGAAUUCGGCUACUGUGGCACUGGCUAUGCCUACUGUGGCGUUGGCUGCCAGGGGGGACCAUGUUAUGAUGAUAAUGGAUCAACGCCAACUUAUGCUUCUACGCCAACGCAACCGCCGCCACCACCGCCAACACUUUGUCGUUGCCCAGAAGACUUGUGCUGCAGCCAAUAUGGUUACUGUGGAUCUGGUGAGGAUUAUUGUGGCAUUGGGUGUAUUGAAGGUCCAUGUUAUGCGUCACCAAGCCCUAACAAUGUUUCCAUAGAGGAUAUUGUGACAAAGAAAUUUUUUAAUUAUAUAGCUAAGCAGGCAGGAUCGGGGUGCCCUGGGAAGGAUUUUUAUUCAAGAGAUGCUUUUUUAAAUGCGACUGAUGUUUUCUAUUUGUUUGGGAGAGUUGGUUCGGAAGACGAUUCUAAACGUCAAAUUGCUGCAGCUUUUGCUCAUUUCACUCUAGAAACUGGACAUUUUUGUUACAUAGAACAGUUAAAUGGAUCUUCGAAGGAUUACUGCGAUGAAUCAAAUACCGUGUACCCGUGUGAACCAGGAAAGCUCUACUAUGGCCGAGGACCAAUUCAGCUUUCAUGGAAUUACAACUACGGACCUGCCGGAGACGAUGUUGGAUUCGACGGCUUAACCUAUCCAGACAUGGUUGCCACAGACCCUCUUAUUUCCUUUAAAACAGCAUGCUGGUUUUGGAUCUAUCGAGCACAGUCUUACUUAGAGCAGGGAUUUGGUGCAACCAUUCGGGCUGUUAAUCCUAAAGAAUGUGAUGGAGGAAACCCUGAUAAUGUUCAAGCUCGUGUUGAUUAUUACCUUGAUUAUUGUGACAAACUUCGCGUAGAUCCUAAAGAAGAUCUCUAUUCUUGUUCUCUGCUCUUUCUCGCUCCUCCACGGCCUAACACAACUGUAGCACCAGGCCAAAAUAUCAUCAAAAUAUUCCAAUUUUCUUUUCACCAUCACCAUAUGUUUGCCUCUAGUAUGAAUACUAUCAGAAAAAGGCUACUAAAAAUUAUUUUUCUUGUUGUGAUUCUUGUUGGAGUUGUGCCAACAUGUGUACUGAGCCAAUACUGUGGCUGCGGAGCACACGAGUGUUGCAGUGAAUUUGGCUAUUGUGGCACCGGUUCUUCCUAUUGUGGCGCUGGCUGCCAAGAAGGGCCUUGUUACAACAACGAAACGACGCCGUCUUCUCAUUCGUAUUCGCCUCCUUCGCCACCUAGGCCAUACACCUGUCAUUGUCCAUCGGAUCUGUGCUGUAGCCAGUACGGUUACUGCGGCUCUGGCGAGGAUUAUUGCGGCACCGGGUGCCGGGCAGGUCCAUGCUAUGAUAAACAACACCCUAACAAUUUUUCUAUAGAAGACAUUGUGACGGAUGAGUUUUUUGAUUAUAUAACUAGUCAGGCAGGGUCCGGGUGUCCUGGGAAGAAGUUUUAUACGAGAGAUGCGUUUCUGAAUGCUACUGAUUCUUAUUAUAUGUUCGGUAGAGUUGGGUCGUAUAAUGAUUCUUUGCGUGAGAUUGCAGCUGCCUUCGCACAUUUCACUUAUGAAACUGGACAUUUUUGUUACAUAGAAGAGGCAAACGGUGCAUCAAAAGACUACUGCGACUCGUCGAACACAUUGUACCCUUGUGUGCCCGGAAAGCUCUACUACGGGCGAGGGCCGAUUCAGCUCCAAUGGAACUACCACUACGGACCGGCUGGAGACGACAUCGGAUUCGAUGCCUUAACCUAUCCUGAAUACGUUGCCACCGACCCUCUCAUUUCCUUCAAAACUGCCUGCUGGUACUGGGUGAACUACAUUCAGUAUUACUUGCAGCAAGGGUUUGGUGCCACCAUUAAAGCCCUUAACUCUGCCGAAUGUAAUGGAGGAAACCCUUCGGCUGUCAAGGCUCGAGUUAACUAUUAUCUUGAUUAUUGCAGAGAGUUCAAUGUGGAUGCUGGAGACAACCUGUAUUGCUAAAGCUCGAGUUAUUAUUAUGGAAUAAAUGAUGCCUCUAGCCUGAUAGUUGCAGAGGCUGGAAAUGAUUAAACUUAAUGAGUAACCAGUCAUUAUAAUAAAUGAAUAAGGAGGAGAAAUAUAAUUAAGGUUGAUGUGGUCCUCCAAAAGUUGUUAUUUUGUCUGUUUUGUUUUGCGAAAAUAUUAUACCUGAAUUUAAGAGAAUUUAUCUAUA